UUCUCUCCUUCCCCCAGGCAGGAUGCGGGAGGCCCCCGGGCCCGCCGAGACGUCGGAGCCGGGCUUCGAGGCUCCUUGCGCGGCGUCGUCGUGCCACGCGCAGCGGGUCCUGCAGACGCUCAACGCGUACCGCCGGAGCGGAACCCUCACCGACGUGGUGCUGCGCGCCGGCGGCCGCGAUUUCCCGUGCCACCGCGCGGCGCUGAGCGCGGGCAGCGUCUACUUCCGCGGCCUGUUCGCGGCCCAGCGCGGCCCGGCGGCCGAGGUGAUCCCGGUGGCGGUGGCGGUGCCGGGAGCCCUGCGCGCGGCGGCAUCGGCGUCGGCGUCGGCGUCGGCGUCGGCGUCGGCGGCGUUGUCCGUGGUGCUGGAUUACGUGUACGGCGCGGGCGUGCGCCUGCGCUCCGAGGACGAGGCGGCGUCCGUGCUGGCGUGGGCCGAGCGCCUGGGCGUGGCGGGGCUGCGCGGCGCAUGCGCGCGCUUCCUCGAGGGGCGCCUGCGCGCCGCCAACAGCCUGGCGCUGCGCCGCGUGGCCGCCGCCUUCUCGCUCGCGUCGCUGGCCGAGCGCUGCGGCCGCGUGCUGCGCCAGGCCUUCGUCGAGGUGACGCGCCACGCCGACUUCCUGGAGCUCGCGCCCGACGAGGUGGCGGCGCUGCUGGCCGACCCGGCGCUCGGCGUGGCGCGCGAGGAGGCCGUGUUCGAGGCCGCCAUGCGCUGGGUGCGGCACGACGCGCCGGCCCGCCGCGGGCAGCUGCGGCGGCUGCUCGAGCACGUGCGGCUGCCGCUGCUGGCGCCCGCCUACUUCCUGGAGAAGGUGGAGGCCGACGAGCUGCUGCGGGCCUGCGGAGACUGCCGUCCGCUGCUUCUCGAGGCCCGGGCCUGCUUCAUCCUGGGCCGAGAGGCCGGUGCGCUGCGGGCCCGGCCGCGGAGAUUCAUGGACCUAGCUGAAGUGAUCGUUGUCAUUGGGGGCUGUGACCGGAAAGGUCUCCUGAAGCUGCCUUUUGCGGAUGCUUUCCACCCGGAGAGCCAGCGCUGGAUCCCACUCCCCAGCCUGCCGGGAUACAUGCGCUCGGAGUUUGCUGCCUGUGCUCUUCGCAAUGAUAUCUACGUUUCUGGAGGGCACAUCAACAGCCGAGACAUGUGGAUGUUUAGCUCCCAUCUGCACACCUGGAUCAAGGUAGCCUCAAUGCACAAGGGGAGGUGGAGACACAAGAUGGCGACUGUUCAGGGGCAGCUGUUCGCGGUGGGAGGCUUCGAUGGCCUGCGGCGCCUGCGCAGCGUGGAGCGCUACGACCCCUUCUCCAACACCUGGGCCUCCGCGGCGCCCCUGUUAGAGGCGGUGAGCUCUGCCGCCGUGGUGCCGUGCGCCGGCCAGCUCUACGUGAUCGGGGGCGCCGGGCACGACGGUGUCAAUACCGACAAGGUGCAAUGCUUUGACCCCAAGGAGGACCAGUGGAGCCUGCGGUCACCAGCGCCCUUCUCACAGCGUUGCCUUGAGGCUGUCACCCUGGAGGACAUCAUCUAUGUGGUAGGAGGUCUCAUGAGCAAGAUCUUCACCUACGACCCUGGCACGGAUGUCUGGGGGGAGGCAGCUGUCCUCCCCAGCCCUGUGGAGAGCUGUGGAGUGACGGUGUGUGACGGAAAGGUUCAUAUCCUCGGAGGGCGAGAUGACCAUGGGGAAAGCACUGAUAAUGUCUUCACCUUUGACCCCAGCAGUGGGCAAGUAGAGGCCCAGCCAUCCAUGCAACGCUGCACCAGUUCCCAUGGCUGCGUCACCAUCAUUCAGAGCCUGGGCAGGUGACUCGGACUGGGGCAUCUUGAGGCAGGAAGAAAUUGGGCAACUCAUCCAUCUUCCCUCCCAGCACCU